AAGGUCGAUUUCCGCUUCAUUUUUAUUUAUAAACGUGUAAGACAGUUUACAGACAACACUAGAGCUGUAUUGUGGUUGUUUAUUAGUGGAAAAUUAAGAAAAAAACUCUGUAAAGUCGCUGAAAAUAGAGAGAACGACCGUUAAUAACAGUUAGUCGCGAGCGUCUCAGGAACUGUGACAGUUCAGUGUGUCUGAAUCUCAGAGGAAUCAUUCAACAGAACCAACUUGAGGAGAUCCGUCUGAGCUUGCCAGCCCAGCGAUCACCCGCAUCACCUCGCUCAGGAAUUCUCAUCAAUCUAGUUUCACUUCAUCUGCACGGACUGUUGGACUCCGCGUGCUGUCUGUGAAGACUUCCAGCGAGAAAUAAGUCGUCGAAGAUGCAGAGCUCCAAUAACAUAGCACAGGCCAGGAGAAUCGUUCAGCAGCUACGGAUAGAGGCUAACAUCGAGAGGAUAAAGAUUUCAAAAGCAUCUGCAGACCUCAUGCAUUACUGCUACGAACAUGCCAAGUACGACCCACUACUUAUGGGCAUCCCAGCUUCAGAAAACCCGUUUAAGGACAAGAAGCCGUGCACUAUAUUGUAGCGGGAAGCCUGGAGCCUGUGCUCUUCAAUGCCUCUUUUUUAUAGAGAAUAUUUUACCUUUCAUACACUAGUCGCCUUAAAUUCAGCUAACCGCCCCCUCAUUCUCACUGUCCCUUUAAUUCUGAAACACUGAAACAUAUUCACUCCUCUUUCACUUUUGUUCUGCACAACAAAAAAACAGACCAAAACCCGCUAAGCAAACAAGUUUGGAGGUGCCGAGACAAAGCUAGUGAUAGAUAGGAGGGUUUUUUUCUCUAUUGAUAGUGAGAACUGAGAAUUGCUUUGCUGUGAUCGUGGUAUCUGAUGUGGUUUAAACAACUCGGCUCUGCACAUAAAGAAAAAGAGAAGAAAAAAUGGGAAGUUCCCAAAGAAAGCACGAAACUCCACAAGGCCCGUUCAGCUCCCUUUGAUCAUCACACCCGUUUAAUGUCUCACGUUUUAUAAGCAGAGCUCAGCAGUAGCGUGUUUCUAUCUCGUGAUGAUAUUGUUAACUGGAUUUAUAGGUUCAGGCUUUCAUGUGGGAACAGAGCUGCAUACAUUUACUCAUGUACAUGCAUUCUUUUUGCUGAGCUACCACUUUCCCACACUGUAGUACUAAGUCAAGGCAACUGGAUUAGCUUUGGUUAACUGUUAACUAUUCCAGUAGGUUCUUUUUUUAAUGCAUUUUCUCCCCAUUUUCCUCCCAAUUUAGCAGACUCAAUUUUGUCUUCCGCUGCUGAGAGAUACCAGAUUGCAUCCGAGGAGAGCACGUCGCUCCCCUCCUCUUCUCGCCCCUGCUUUCUGCACAGGCGUCUCUUCCGCCAAUCAGGGUCCUUACACAGCAUAUAAAGACCCACACACACAUAGUCCGGUACCCACCCUGCAGAUACGGUGGCCAAUUAGUAUCUGCUGCAGGCACUGCCAAUUAUGCCCGCUAGAUGGCACCCAACCGACCGGUGUCAACACCGAGAUUCGAACCGAGGAGUUCUGAAACUCAGUGCUGGUGUGCUAGCGGAAUAUCCCAGUAGGUUCAUAUUGGUGGAAAAACGUCUGCACCCCGAAAGUCACAAUUCACUUCAUUAUCCAAGGAAAUAAAAUGGUGCGUGUUGAAUGUUAUCCACCUUACAGAUUUACUGUUUUAAUAUCAGUUUUUAUCUUUAUUUUUCACAUCUUCAAAUGACAACGGUGCAGAGCGUUUUACACUACCCUACACCUUGUACCAAACUGUGUGUAAAUAAACCGUCAGUACUGUCAGUCAAAGCUGUGGAUUGUUUUCAAGCUUGGUGCUCUGUGGCACAGUCGUAUUAUGUUGCCACGCAUCAUGUGCAGCAGCAAUAUGCACACAGCCUUAUGGUGAACAAAGUGCUAAACGUUUAUAAUGUAAAGACCCUAAACUGCUAGCGCACAGCAUAUUAGUUUUAUUCACUUAGUCAAAUCAAAAUUCAAAGAUUAAGUAAAUCAAAUUCUACCAUUCCUGAACAGGGCGGCACGGUGGCUAAGUGGGUAGCACUGUCGCCUCACAGCAAGAAGGUCCAGAUGGGGCAAUCGGGGUCCUUUCUGUGUGGAGUCUGCAUGUUCUCCCCACAUCUGCCUGGGUUUCCUCCUGGAGCUCCGUUUUCCUCCCACAGUCCAAAAACAUGCAAGUGAGGUGAACUGGAGAUACUAAAUUGUCCAAGACUGUGUUUGAUAUAACCUUGUGAACUGAUGAGUAACUACCGUUUCUGUCAUGAAUGUAACCAAAGUGUAAAACAUGACAUUAAAAUCCUAAUAAACAAACAAAACCAGUCCUGAACAAUACUCAGUCAGGAAAAAGUCAGUUUAGAUUGCAGGAUAUCUUAGAUGAUCCAGCUCAGUUCACUCAGCCUAAACAACUGACUGAGAACAACCCACAAUUUUCUGGUCUGUAUUCAGUUUCAGCUCGUGAGGUUGGCAGAGUAGUUUUACAUUCCAGCCACUCUUGUUCACAGGCUGGUUUAUUUAGCUACGUAAGCAAGAGGAGCAGAGAAUCUAUGGCUGUGGCAUUAAAUCCAGUGUAGCUCUGCUUCUCACCGCCCCUAAACAUUCUUCAAGAUUAGAUCCCAAGUCCAAUUGCCUUGAUUUAAGACCGCUGAAUGGUUAGACUGACCUGCAUGAGUGUCGCUGCUCAUCGGCGAGGAACAUUGGCGUCACUCUUACGUAUUUUAACCUCAAGAGCACCAGCGCUGCCUUCUUAACUCGCUGUGUUUGAACAAUAGAGUGUUUCAGAUGGGUCAGGAGAAGGUCACAUCUUUUGUAGGCCACUACACCAACCAUGCUUUGUGUUCCACUUCCUCUUUAUGCAGCCACGUUUGCAGCUAAUGAAAAAUGCCAAAUGCCACCAGACAGCAAAGUGCAGGGCAGAGAAAUCACUCUACAUGCCUGAUUUAUUUUUACACAAGACUUGCCAAAAGUGUUUGACCCACAUUCCCUUGCCCACUUAAUGGAUUUCCUUUGGCCUUGAAAUCUUCCUGGCUUUCAUGUUGUCCUGUUGAUGGUAGAUCUGAUAGCAAUAUAUUUUAGUACAGAUCAUGGUACAUUAAUCUAUCGUAACCCUUUAAUGAUUAUAUGCCUUAUUUCUUGAUGCUGAUUGUUUCGAUUCAUUUCUAGUGAAGGUAUUCUUCUGAAUGAUGAAAUCUGUAACCAUUCUGACCAGACCAGCAAUAGUUCUAAAACUUCUAUAGUCACUGCCAGUGCUUCUUUAUUCCAUGCUGAGCUAAUAAGCUACAAUAGCAUUCCUUGUAAUUAUCGCAGUGACUGUUAGCCUGAAAUUAAACAUUCCAUGUUUACAUGUGCGAUAUCGUAACAUUUUCUGUUCUACUUCCUAAUGCAUAGUGCCAUGCAGUCUGUUUGUUUUUAUGUGAAUAAGUGUAUAUCAGUGUAAGUACAUUUCUGAUGUAUUUUCUCAUGUAUAAUCACACGACUGGCGAAAAUAAGCCAGAAACUUACAAAAAAGCCUUAAUCAAGUAUUCCUGCUUUCACUUGCGCUGCCUAUAUGCUCUAAGGUUGGCAUUAUACUUGAUGCUUAACUAUGCAUACAUGUACCCACACAGCUGCUACACAAGCAGCGUUGUUAACAUGGUCACUCACUCAUUUUUUAUUCAUCUGUGGCAUUAUAUGCCAUAUAUGGGCUCCAGAGUAGCACAACAGAAAACAGAAAAGUCUCUUUAAUUCACAAUAAUGAACAUCUGUGGUAUUACUGGGGCUAGAAUUUCCCAUCCACAAAUGAUGGGAGUCCACAGGAGCAUAAGGGAGUCCAGUUCAGCUUCUAGGGGAUUGUGGUGGUUUGUCAGGAAAGAAACAAAGACAAAUCCAAGACUCAAAUAGGGAGAGAAGAGAAACGUAAACCGGUCAGCCAAAUCCAGUGUGCUUUCACUAUCAGCUGUGUCUUAAUUCAUUACCAGUUAGCAACUUCCUGUUGUCAUUUUCAUGGCUGCUUUUAUGGCACUAUUAUUCAGCACCCCCUCACUGGCCCCAACUAAACAGGAACUAUGAUAGUGCAUAAGUAGCAGUUUUAGUUCCUGGUGCUAUAACGUUAUAUAACAGGUAUAACAAAUCUUAAUUCCUGUAACAUUGUGCUAUAUUUCCCCACCACUAUACACGGUGUCUAAGUGGGUAGCACUGUCGCCUCACAGCAAGAAGGUCCUGGGUUUGAUCCUCAGGCGGGGCGGUCCGGGUCCUUUCUGUGUGGAGUUUGCAUGUUCUCCCCGUGUCCGCGUGGGUUUCCUCCGGGAGCUCUGGUUUCCUCCCACAGUCCAAAGACGUGCAAGUGAGAUGAAUUGGAGACAAUAAAUUGUCCAUGACUGUGUUUGAUAUAACCUUGUGAACUGAUGAAUCUUGUGUAAUGAGUAACUACCGUUCCUGUCAUGAAUGUAAUUAAAGUGUAAAACAUGACGUUAAAAUCCUAAUAAACAAACAAACAUCGUUACCAGUUA